AUGCUUGGAUCAUUUCAUGCUUGUGAGAGUAGCAGGAAGACAUGCAAGCAGGAUUUCUUUCAGCAUUUAAAUUCUUUGAUGAUAGAGAAUUCAUCUUGAGCAUAGAGGCGUUAGAGAGCACUAACAGUGAGCCCCAUUUCUCUUUCUUUUCUAGGCUUUCCAGACUCAGAGAAGUGUUUUCCUGAUUGGGAAGAAAGAAUAGAAUUUCCCCUCUCCCAGAGACCUCCCCCUUGCCCACCCCCUCAUCCUUGGCAUCCUCCUCUGGACCCCUCUUUGAGAGGACACAAAAGGUAAAACCCUUCAGCAUAUAGAUGUUGAUUUCAGAAUAAUAUUAGUCCCUAAGAUCUCUGAACUGUCUGAGGCCUAUUUUGAGGUUCAGAAAAAUAAACAUAUCACAUGUGGCUCUUUGUUUUUCUUGUAGGCUCUGCAUACCUCCUCCCUUCCUCAUGUGGAGAAAGAUGGUGGAAGAGCAUUUUGCUUUGGAGUAUGUUGUUCUGCCCUAAUUUGGGGUAUGUGUGUCAAGAUUGCUUGACCUCCAAGCCCAGGAAGUGAGGACUCUUGCUUAGCCCAAGUCAGUAGAAAAAUCCAGCCAGAGCCUUUCAACUGGACUCUGUAAAAGUAGUAUGCUGACACCGCUCUUGUUGUCUUCCAGUCUAGGUCAGGAGACCCUGCCGAUUCAGAUAGGCAAGAGCUAAAAUUCCACUCUGCCCUCUGAGCCACAGACAAAUAACACUGUACAGUAGCCAUUAACCAAGAAGUCCCAAACACCAGAAUUGGGGACCCAAGCUUUCUAGAAUAAAACAGACACAAAAUGAAUGUGGCAAUUUAUUGACAGUGAAUAAUAAAAUAAAAACCCAUGAAAAGUACAAAUAAAAUACUGUUGGAAAACAGAAAUGGUAAAAAAAAAAAUACAAGAGAGAGACAUUGCACAUACCUUUGUAAAUCAAGAAAAUAUUUAAUGUAAAUACAUUUUUAAAAAACACAGCAAAACUUAGUCUAAUAUAAACCUACAAGGUACAUCAACCUACAGCACAGGAACACCUUUGCUCAAGCAUCAGGAAAAGGUGUGAAGCACAGAAAAAUGGCGUAAGUCAAAAUUAUAUAAAACUGGCCUAAUAACCGAACCCGGACUUCCUAGCCAAUCAGAAGCUCACCUAGAUAGAAACUUCCAGGAUUUGGGAGUACACAUUCUCACAGGUUCAUAGUUGCUAUUACCGUAUUUUUCGCUCUAUAAGACGCACCCGACCAUAACACGCACAUAGUUUUUAGAGGAGGAAAACAAGAAAAAAAAUAUUCUAAAUGAAACAGUGGAUGUAUGAUUUUUGUGGUUCAUGCUGUGGCCACAGGCAUGUGAUCUGACAGUGAGUUUAGAGUAGCCCAAUGCAAAAAUCCUGAGGAUCCAUGGGGAUCCGUGCUUUGUAACCACGUUUUAAGUGGGGAGGGAAGGAAAAGCGCUCUAGGGACAAGGAGCAUGCGUGGGGUGGGUGGAGAAGGAUGCUGCUAAUAAUGAAGAAGAGGGGUAUAAGGGGAGAAGGCUCCUCUCCUCUCCCGCUUUGCUCCCUUAAAGCAAGCAGGCUCUGCUUUUCUCCCUCCUCGCCGCUCAUCCCUGGCUUAGCGAGCUGAAAAACUUUGCUGCUAUUUAGCGAGCUGAGUGAGGAGGAGAGAGGGACAGAGAGCCUGCUUGCUUUAAAGGAACCAACCGGACAGGAGCCGCUUACACUCGUGAGCGAAGGAAGGGGAACCAUGGAUCCUCUGCUCACGACUGCAGCAGAUCCCCCCCGCCACCCGUAGGCAUUCCCUCCAUAACACGCACAGACAUUUCCCCUUACUUUCUAGGAGGAAAAAAGUGAGUGUUAUGGUGCAAAAAAUACGGUAAUUAAGCAGGCGGCCAUACUGACCUUGAGCUACCAGCCACAAGGAGAUAGCACAGGUGCGCUCAGCCCAUUAUCUCAUCCUCAUUAGUGAGAGCCGAAUUUCUUCUAUUCCUCUGAUGCUCACGGCUGGAAUAAAUCAAACUUUAGUUGUGAUGUGGCCUAAGCAAAAGACAGGCUUUUCUUCACGGGGCAGGGGGAUUAUUAUUUUUUUAACCUUCUAACUAUUGGAUUCUGGUGUUUAUAAUAAUACACCCAGAGCCUGGAGUAAUUCUAAACAGUUAAAAUUAUAUUCCUUGCAUCAGUACAGAACUCAAACUAUGUGGACUCUUCUGAUAAUUGAAUUACACACCUGAGACAGAGUAUCUGCCCUGAAACCUCUGGCUAUAGGACGGAAUAUAAAUUCAAUUAAUAAUAAUAAUAAUAAUGCAGUAUGUUUCAGAUAGCUUCUACGAAACACAAUGGGUUUCACUUGAAAUCCCUCUGGAGAUUGCAAACUUUAUCCACACAUGCAGGCAAAAAGUGAUUCAGCCUGAUGCCAUUUUCAGGCAAAGGAGUACAGCUGAGCUGAUCAGGAGCUUGUACUGUAAUUUCAAUUUUGGCCUCCAGGAGGUGAAAUAGAUUCAGGAGACAUUUACCCUCAUUUAGCUAGCUUGGGGUGGGGUCAGGCAAGACUUUGGCUUCCCUUCUCCUUCAGGCCUGAGACUUCCCCACCUUCCUGAAGGUUUGAGACCAGCAACUCAAGAGUUUAGUUCUCUCCUCAGUGUACAUUGUGAGGAGAAUGCAGGAAGUGUCUAAGAGUAUGUACAGUAAUUGCUUCUUUAUCCUGCUGCUUUCUGCUUUGACUUAAGCGCGGCUUUCCUUUCCUUUGUGUUGGGGUAGGUUACGGAAUUCUACUUUUAGUAUGCUCCGUUUAAUCUAGGCACUUUGUUGCUUUGUUGGAAGAAGGGGUCUGUGUGUCGUGCCUCUGUUAGCUGUCUUCUUUCCCUCACAGCCUUCUUGACAAAUAACAUUUCGCCUCAGCAAAACCUCACUGGUACUGAGUACUGUAAAUGGGGUCUAGGCAGCUCCGCCUUCUUUCCCCACUUAACAGAGAUGUAAGGCAGAGCUUCCAAUGUCAGAAUUUCCUUAUCCCUCCCUCUAGUACUGUACGUACUUUGCCAAACUGGUGCCCUCCAUCUGCUUUGGACUACAACUCCCAUCAGCCCCAACCGGUGUGCUGCUCUCCUAUUUUUCUCUCAUCCCACCACCGCUGUCUCUGGGGAAUGAUUGUUUCAGACUUGUAAGUAUAAGUUUGACAGUUUUACUAGCCUCAGAGGAAACCCUUGUGGCAAUCUGCAAACUUACUAUUUGAGGGAAAUCUUUAAUAGCUUGCUCUGAGUAGCUCUUUAAAACGAGGCAAAACACAUCCAUAAUACAAUACUGUUUGUCCCUCAGGGCUUUAGGGCCUACACCUUUCUAGCUUUUAGUCUUUUAGUGGGAAGAUUGCAUUUUGUGAAUUUUCUGGCUUAUCUUAUUCCCCGCCCCACAUGGCAUUCCAUGCUGUUUAAUUUACGUCAUAACCAUUUCUGAGUUCUGUUAAUAAAUGUAAAAUAGAAGAGUUGUGCAGUUCAUAACAAUGGCCACUGGAUGACAGCAUAAUAUUUAGGACAAGCCAAUGCUAUACAGUAUUCUCCUGUGGAGAACUGUAAUUUGAUCACAUUUUGUCAAAAAUGCCUCUUAUUGCUGAGGAAGAAAAUAUAAGAAAGAGAAAGCAAGAAUUGCUUCUCCAAACUUGUUUUUAAUAUCUUCCUUGAUUCCCAGGAGAGGACUCCUGUGAAAAUGCUCUCUGAAUGAUAUUAGCAAGAAAUCUGCAUUCUAGUAAUCUCUAGAAGUUUGUAAAACUAGAAAUCAUCUUCCUAGAAUUAUGCAGUUGCUUUGCUAGUGACCUCAAAUAAUGGAGGAAGCUGAUAUUGCAAAAUGGGCUGAAGAACAGAAAUGGUAUUCUAUGUAUGUCCAAUAUAUUUCAAAUACGUAUAAAGUGUAAUUGUAACAAACCCAUGUUUGAAAACAUGUGCAUAAUCUGGUACAAUUGUUAGAGAACCAGGUUUGGCUGACUAGAUUGGAAACCUGGUUUUCUCUGUGUAAUGUAUAAAAUAACCCUUAUCACUGAUAACCAAUUAAUAAAAAGUAUUUGCUUUUAUUUUAUUUCAAAAAAAUUAUAUGCCACUUACUAGUACAAAAGACCUCUAAAAGGUUUACAAGACAAUAUGAAAUGUUAAUUUUAAAUAGCAAUAAAGUAUUAAAAUCAAUUUUCAUAAACAUUUUAAGAGAUAAAAUCAUUAGUGUUAAACUGUAAAAAAAGGUAAACAGAAAAGAAAAAAGUUAGGUAGAAAUAUAAUGGACACAAUCCAAUGGUGAAAUGAGGAAAAAAAUGCUAGUUGGAAUCUGCUUCUGAGAACUGAGCCAACAGCAGCAGGUGAUUCAGGAGAAUCUGGCAACUGCCAUUGUAAAUGAUGUUAUCUGGUGCCUUGUAUUUUCAGUAGAAGAGGAAUUGAUGAUCUGUGACACAGGUUUGUUUAUUUUAAUUUUAAAAACUGAUUAACACGUUCUGCUAAAAAAGCACUUGAGCAGAGUGCAGAGACAUGUGACUCUUUGGCUAAAAGCCAGGAAAGCAGCAGCAAUGGAUAGCUUCAAGCUCCUCUUUAAGACUCAUGAAGGAUGGCACAUAUUGUAAACAAAAAUGCCAUAAAUAUGGCUCUCCUAAUGCCGAAUCCAAGGAAGGAUCCCAUGGCAAACCGCAUAGAUAGAUAGAGGGAGAUUUCCCCUCCCUCUCCUUCUUGGAAACUUGACAAAUAUACUUCUUUUCUCUGGGAGGAAUAGGCAACAUAGCUCUGCCUAGUGCUUGCUGUUUUAUUACAAAUCAAGCCUGAGCUUAAGGGACUGUAUCUGUAAAAAAAUAAAAUGAAAUAGCAGUUUAUUGUGGUAAAAGACACCCACAUAAAUUCAAAAUUAAAACUUUAGUGUCCAUAAUACAAAGAAAAUACAAACGCAUUUCUUAAAAAUUUAACAGAAAUUGGAGCUAUUCAAAGAGAAGUUGAUUAUGAUAUAAUCUGAACAGAACAAUUUUUCAAUUACUCUCUUAGAUGCAUUGCACUGCAGCAUCCUUCUGCAACCGUUGUGAUUCAGAGAGUUAACAACCAAAGUCGACAGGAAAAGUUGUGAUGAAAACAAUAAUUGGUUCCUGCGUUUGGCCAAUCCCUAAAUUGCAAUUCAGUGUUUGCUUAGAAAUCAACAUUAAAUGUCAUUAAUGUAAAUCGUUUCACAUUCUUCCAUCCUGAACAUUUUCCUUGUGGACCCUUCUAGUCUUGCUGGACAGAAGUUCCGUGCUUUUCAGUCUGAAAGCAACAGAUCGUUGUUCAGUGAUCAGAAGGGAGGGAAAGGGUGUCUGAUGUCCAUUUCCUCCUUUAUAUGCCAAUUAGGAGCUUAAGCCACUUGCAGUAAAAUUCUAUACAUGUCUGUUGAGAAGUAAGAACCAUUAGUUUAAUGGGGGGUUACUCCCAGAUAAGUGAAUAUAGGGUUGCAACCUUAAUUUGUUAGAAAAAGAACGUGGUGCAGGAGUGCUGGAUGCCCUCACCCUGCAUAGUAUCCUAUGCUUAGGUGGGAAAUUAAUUAAUGGAACCUGGUUUCUGUUUGUGGAUUUCAUUGGAUUAGGAUUCUAAACUUAAACUUUUUUUUCACUGUUCUACAAAAAAGUAUGAAAUAUCAAACUCUUUCUUUCUCACAGUGUCAGUGCAAAAGUGCUGAAUUUUGUUCUCAAAUUCCAGGUAAGUACUUGCUACAUUUCAACAUUAUAGUCUGAAAUUUCUGUUGGCUGUUUAUAAUCUGGGCAACCUGCAGGCCAAACUAGCAUAGAAAACAUGUAAACAGGAUGAAUGUGGAUUUAACACGUUCAUUUGUUUAACGUUAGCAAUUAGGACUGCAAUGCAUGGGCGUAAUCAGGAUUUUUGUUGGGGGGUGUCAGGGCUUUUGUGUGGGUGAGGGCUUUGUUGGGAGGGGCAGAACCUCAGUUUGGUUAUUUUUUGCUUUUUAUUGAUUUUUAUUUAUUGGAGGGCAGCUGCCCCCCCCCCCCGCCCCCCUGGCUAUGCCCAUGCUGUGAUGUGAAAUUACACUAUUCCCUAUUGGAGUGUGAGUUGUGGUAAACUGUUAGGCAGUCAGCAAUGUUAAUUACUUUUAAACUAACUAGGGUUUCCGCUUAAUCCAGUAUCUGAAAUUAUGGUUGGAAACUGGUUUCAGAUCUUCAGUUGAAUAGGCGCUUUGAUUAGCUCUAAUCAUGGGUAAUGUUGUUGCAGUUAUUGCAGUUAAUGGUAGUUAAAUCUGGCAGAAGGAAUUUCUGCUCCAGAAGGGCUUGCUCCACAUUGCUUAAGCAUAGUUUCAUCUGCACCACUCAGACUAUCCAUCUAUAUUCAAAUAUACAAAAUACAGUAUACUAAAGCAAAGUAGAUUAAUAAAUAGAUUAGUAAUAUGAAAUUUCAAGUAAUUUUACAGUAUUUGACUGCUUAUUACUGUCUGGAAUCCACGGAAUAGCUUCCUGUGAUUGAAAUCCAUAUAUCCCAUAUCUAGUAAAAAGGUAAAGGUAAAGGUACCCCUGCCCGUACUGGCCAGUCAUGUCCGACUCUAGGGUUGUGCGCUCAUCUCACUCUAUAGGCCGGGAGCCAGCGCUGUCCGCAGACACUUCCGGGUCACGUGGCCAGCGUGACAAGCUGCAUCUGGCGAGCCAGCGCAGCACACGGAACGCCGUUUACCUUCCUGCUAGUAAGCGGUCCCUAUUUAUCUACUUGCACCCGGGGGUGCUUUCAAACUGCUAGGUUGGCAGGCGCUGGGACCGAGCGAUGGGAGCGCACCCCGCCGCAGGGAUUCGUACCGCCGACCUUUCGAUCGGCAAGUCCUAGGCGCUGAGGCUUUUACCCACAGCGCCACCCGCGUCCCCUCCAUAUCUAGUACAGCUGAACAAAUUCCAGAUAUUUGCUUUUGUUAAUAUGGUUAAUUUGGUCAUAAUUGUUUCACUAAUUGUUUGUAAGGAAAGUAACUAUAUUACACAGUAUAAUUCUUGGGUAUGCUUAUAAUGUGCAGUGUGUUUUUCACGCCAUAUUCUAGGGAGUGAGGAGCUGAACCUACUCGCUGUUUUUCCAUGAACACUUUUACCAGUGCCAAAAACCUCCCUUUUUGAUUUGCAUGCCUUGUGAAAAUGUUAAUAUUGAUGUAAAUUGCACUUUCGUCUCCUCAGUGAUGUCAUUAUGCAGUUUUAUCUAAUUAGUUUUGUUUCAUUGUGACAUCACCAUGGUCAGGAUCAUCAUAUCAGUAAAACAGGAAAGAGGAAGCAGCCUAGGAAAAAAAUAUACCUACCAAAGAAGUAGCAACCCAGUGAAACAGUAAUGGUGACUGAACAGUUUGAAAAAAGCUAAAUAUGGGCGAUAUAUAAAGUAUUUUUGAAGAGAAAAUCAUACCCCACAGGAUUACUACUUUUAAUCCAAAACCUGAAAGUAGAUCUCAUACAGUACAGCCAUUAUUGUUUGUGACCAUUUCCCAGUACAGUACCUCAGUGCAUUUCAGUAUUGCCAAAGUAUGACUAUAUGCAGUCCCUUCUUGAACGUAGCCCUCGUUACAAAAAAAAAGAAACUUUAAAAAUAUACAUUUGACCUUGAUGUGGAUUAAAAACUUCUACAUUACCUUAAAACCACUUUCUUUACAGCUACAUGAUGGGAUUGAUGUCCAAAAAUGUUCCUAAUUCAAUACAUAAUCUCCUUUAUUAUCUCAUCACAGCAUUUUAUGUAGCUGGUUUUUCAUGUAGCUGGACAAAUUCAUGGGGACAAGGCUAUCAAUGACCACUAGUCAUGAUGACUGCAUACUACCUCAACUGUCAGAGUUAGUAUGCUUCAGAAUACCAGUUCCUGGGAAUUACAGGUGGCCUGUUGUCUAGCUUGCAAGCUUCCAAUAGACAUCUGUUUUUGGCCACUAUGAGAACAUGAUGCUGGACUAGAUUGGACAUUGGCUUGAUCCAGCUUGUUUGUGUUGCAUUCCUAUGUCCCUGUGAUUCUGUCAGUGGUAUCUGACAUAUCCGAGUAGUUAAUUCUUGGAUUGGCAUUGUACUGGCUCCAGAUGAUCAGUAAGGCAUGAUUGUCUUGCAUUCAGAGAAAGGGGAAAGGAGUCUGUAAAUGUUGGGCCAUCCCUGAAGUACAGAACCACAAAUAUUUCAGAGAAGAUUCUCUCUAAAAAAAUUAUUUCAAAAUUUUGACGUUUCAAAUGGUUUGAUUUCUAAUGCUAGCAUGACUGUGCCACCAGGACUAUGAUAUUGAUACUGUUCACCUGUUGAUCUCAAGAUUUGAGAUCUAUUUCUAUUAUUCUCAUGAACUGCCACCUCCGCCAUAUCUGCUCCAGAGGGUUAGGGUACCCUUUGGAAUGGGUGGCAUAAGGGACUGCAAAACCAGAGGAAAUAAAUGAAAAUACCCUAUUCCUCCACUGGAUCAGUCAUCAACCCUGUGAUUGGCUGUGUUGUUUUCAGUUAACUUUUUCACCAUCAGCCACGCAUCAAUGCAGGUAUAGCUUGAGUUAUUCUCUUAUUUGGCAGCCCUCUUAUUUGACUAGAACAGAGCUAUCCUAAAAUUAGCAAUGGCAUUAUAUGGGUAGCAUUUGAAAAUAUUUUAGGAUGAAUGGCAUUUAUUUUCAAUAUAUUCUUUAGUAUUUAAUAAAUAUCUCUUAGAUAAAAUGAAAUUGCAGCAUGAGACAUACAGGCAGCAACCAUUUUUGGCGUGUCCGAUAUGUGUAUGACUGCACACAUGUGCAUCACGCUGAACCUGAAAGUGACCUGAAAAUGGCACAAGAACAUUACAAAAAGAGGUGGAACGGGGUGUCUGCAGGCUUUUUCAAUGGUGUUUCAAAUAUACAUGAUUUCAUUAAAACGCGUGGUGCCUUGGAGCAUAACCCCUGCGUAAACUGGGUUUGCUUCACUUAUGUGCAUGGGUAUAACCACCUACAUUUUAUCUUCCCAGUAGUUUCUUGUGUCUGUACUGAUCCUGAAAUUAUGUUUAAGCAAUCUGGACUAGCAGACUUGAAGUGAGAAUGGAUUCUAAAUGAAUAGGGUUUGAUUUCCUUUUCAAAAAUAGUUUCCAGUAUAUAUUAGCAAUAUAUAAAUACGCUCUGGCAUUUUAAAUGAGGAAGAACUAGGUACUGGUGCAUCUGUUCUAGGUAGAGAAUGCAGAAGUGUGUUUUGUCACACAACAUAAUAAUGAAAUAAUAUUUGUAUGUCUGGGCCAAAUUAUGCUCAGAAUGCAGGAUGUGAGCUUUUGAAUUGCAACUCUCCAGGCUUGUUGUUCAACGAAAAGUUAUGAACAGAAAAGCAGAUGUUUUUGUGACAUUUUUAUGAUAGGGAACUGUGCUGUGCUUGGAUUAUUCUACAGGGGUAAAUUUUAGGAGAAAUCAGAGUGUAAUUCAAUUUCAUGUUCAUUAGCAAGGCCAUCAACAGGCAGUUUGUGGUCCGUGGCAAAUAAGAGAGGGUGGCACUACUGCACUGAACAGCUAUCACUGCCCAUAUGGCAGUGUAGCACAGCGUAAAGCUAUUAUGCAUUAUAGAAAUGGGUAAUGGUGAGGUGAGACAGUAAAAUCCAUAGAAAAACCUGUUAUUUUACCCUACUGCCUUCUUAAUGUCUCUUCGUCUAACAUAUGGCUGAUUUCAUUUGUUGAAACCUGAAACUGGAGGGUAUUUUUUUAAAAGCCGAAAAUGGUAGCUCAGUAUCAUUAUUUCUAGUUACCAACUGUGUUGUGGUAAGUGUGCACACCAUGGGCAAAUACACUUGUGUAAUGCCACUUUCCACUAUUGAGGGGUGGGUGGAGUAAAACACAAGAAAAUAAGAAGAGCCUGUUGGAUCAGGCCAGUGGCCAAAUAGAUGCCUGUGGGAAACCCACAAGCAGGGCCCGAAUACAAGAGCAUUCUCCCUUCCUGAGGUUUCCAGCAAGUAGUAUAAUCUCUCUUCAAAUUAAUACUUGCAGGCAAGGUGUUAG